AAACUGUUGUUUAAAAUUAAAAUAAGGAAUAACACAAUUAUAAUUACGUCACUUCUACAAGUCGGGAAUGUUAUCGAUAUUUUUAUCAUGAGAAACUAAUCUAAAGCGACAGCUCCAGCAUUAUGUGGCAAUCAUAAAUUUGUAUCCCUCCGCUCCGAUUUACUCAGUUUACAAGAGGAAGCUACUUCUUCUAUCUUAGUCUCUUAGUUUCUCUCUUCCCUUCUCAGAAUGGCGUGCUGCCUGCUGACCGGUUGUGCUGUUUCUGUAGCUGUCCUUGUUGGCCUGUUUUAUUGGUUUGUAUCAUCCAGGCAGCGCAAUACCUUGUACACGUUACUAUGGCAGGCCUUGAUCUGGGAGAAAGUAUGCGACAUUUUCACCCGCUCCACACGGCCUCAGCGCCUGUUGAAGGUAGUGCAGAAGAACGCCAGUAAAGGAAAUCCCGAAAGCGUCAUCUCCGCCAUCGACUACUUCUGCAAUCACUCGGAAUGGGCCAUGAACGUGGGCGAUGAGAAAGGCUCCAUUUUGGACUCGGUGGUGACCGAGGUGAAUCCCAGCACGGUUCUGGAGCUGGGUACGUACUGCGGGUAUUCCACAGUGAGGAUCGCACGCCUGAUGUCCCCCGGCACCAAACUCAUCACUGUGGAACUUAACCCGGCUUACGCCGCCGCCGCCAGGCAGAUCAUCGCCUACGCUGGUCUACAAGACAAGGUGACUCUAGUAGAAGGAUCAUCCGGUGAUCUAAUCCCGCGAAUAAAGGAGCGCUUCGGGAUCACAACGUUUGACUUUGUCUUCCUCGACCACUGGAAGGACCGGUACCUCCCUGACCUUAAGCAGCUCGAGGAGUGCGGUUUGCUCAGGAAGGGCUCUGUGCUGCUGGCGGACAACGUGAUCUGUCCCGGAACGCCGGAGUACCUGGAGUACGUGAGGAAUAGCCCUCGCUAUGAGAGCAGGUACUAUCCUGCCCAUCUGGAGUACACCACAAUGGAGGACGGGCUGGAGAAGUCGAUCUUCUUGGGAUAGAAAAAUAAAACUAAACUAGCGAGUGUAUUCUGUUAUCAUACAGUCAGCUUUUUAUCAUAAGUGUAGUGUUAUUUAGAAAAGUCAGUAAAUGAGACUGUGUGAGGUUAGUACAAAUAAACCUCAAUCAUUAGUGUAUGGAAUGAUGUCAACAAUUUGCAAUGAUCAGCUUCAGAAAUAUUGGCACCCUUGUUGAAGUUGGGUAAAACACUUAAGGUAGAAAAAAAUAUAGCUAUAAGGGGCCGUUCAAGUCAAGCCGGGACUUGUGAUGAAAUUUCUGGUGAAUCAUUCUUCAAAAACACAGCACAGUGAUAAAAACAUUAGAACGUAUGUCCGUGAAUGAUGAUCCCGACCGAGGUGGCUCACCAACUUGCAGAAGAGACACACCAGUCUGCGGAAACUGUACACACACACACACCACCACUAGGGCAUUUCCACAUGUCUGCGGCAUUAAAGGAGUUCGUGGAAGGCCAGCGUUUCAGACGUAAAGUGAUCAUGGCUCCAACAUACUGAUAAAACCCACUAGUGAAACACUGCGAUGAGUGCAUUAGUGUAGCAGGGGUUUAUAUAGAGAAAUAAAGGCAGUUGUUAUCAAAAGUCCCGGGUUGACUUGAACACUGUUUGUAUAUCUAUUUCUCACCCAAUGUGUGACUGCAUAGUGUGGUGUCAACAAUAGAUAAAUACAAUUCUUUGAUCCAAUGUUCUUUGAUUAAAUUAGUUUCAAUUAAAGAUUAUAUUCCUUUCAUGUUUAUUCUUAGAGAUUAGUCAGUCACAAAGUUUGUACUGUAUGUUUGUAGUGAGGGUGUAUAAGUGUGUAUGUACGUUGUGUUAUACUGAAUCAAAAAUCAUUCCAUCUAAAAACUUUUCCAGGUAAAGUGCAAACAUCGAACAUAAAAAAAGAAGAAAAGACAUGUUUAAGUGUUUGAAAUGUACACACAAUAUGAACUGAAAUGCAAUAUGAUUUAACCAUGAUAUGAAAUAUUAAAAAAAAAAAUUCUAUUAACUUUUCUAAAGACAAUAAACAAAUGAGAUUGAAUGAAUGUCCACG